ACGUCUAGAUGGUUGUGUUGUGUGUACAGUUUAUACUAAUUGGAUUUUGUUAUUCUACGUUUUAUUUGUGCUUAAUAUGUUAAUUUUUAAGUGUGCGCUUGUAAUUUUAGCUUCGACUUAUAUUUUCUCCCUUUGUUCUCAAUUCGUUACCGAAACAAACUUUUUCGACACUGGCCUUGCGUUUAUGUAUGUUGCCAGCGGAGCAUUCGCUGGCAAAAUCAUACUUGACAGAUACCAGCAAAUUCAUAUCUUAGGGUCAUUAACACCAAAUCCGAAUGUGACUUCAUUUGCAAAUAGGAUCGCUUGUUUCUCAGCCACAUUCCUAUCAUUGGGCUACACUGUCUACUUCUUUUUAUUUCUAUUUAAGGUAGAUGAACAAUGCCUUCGAGCAUUAAACAUAUUUAUAUGUGGGUUUGGAACUUUGUACAUGUGGGUACAGUGUAUCAUAACGACGUAUAUAUCUACUUUAUUUUAUGAUAGAAGGUUGAUAGUACUUAGGCAAUGCCUAGCAAACGUGAGCUUCCCCAUUCUAGUUUUAAUGGCAAUUUUCGGAACAGUUUCUUCAUUUUUGCCUGAAGAUGGCUCCAAAGGGGUUUACGUGUGUCAGGUCGUCAGUUCCCUGUGUAGUUACAUUUUGGCGGGAAUAUUCUGUAUAUUUUUAUUUUCCUUCGAGAAAGAUUACGAAUAUUUUUCAGAGGGGUUGAGAUCUGAAUUAUUGUUAGAUGACGCCUGUUCCUUGAACAAUGCGUCACUCUCUGACGUCGAUAGUAUAUUUGGAUCACAAGAGCUUAUAUCGAAUACGAUAGUUAUAAAAGGGAGCAUUACUUGCGGUAAGGUCUCCUGACCCGAGGCCGUGCCUCCCGUGGGCACGGUACAACACACUUCCAAUUAUGCAGCGAAAACUUAUGGAAGUUUCGAUAGUACUAAAGUAGAAAUUAAUCAUAAUAUAGAAAACCAUAAUCUGAAUCAUAUCUCUCCAAUCGGAAAUAGUAUUAAUGAUAACGAUAGCGGCAUGUCGUCGGAAGAGAACGACGACUCGACGAGAUACGUUUACAAUCGUAACAAUAAUGUUAGUGAUAGUGUAAGAUCAACGGUAGCGGAUAAUGAAGUAACAAAGUGCCUAACCAAUAAUAAUAAAUGUGCUGUGCUGUGGAAUGAAAUUCCAAGUUGUUCAUAUGUUAAUAAUAACGUUUAUAAAGCGAACCUGGACGAGUCUGUGGAUACGCUGGACGGUAAUGUCGGCGACGAUAACGAUAACUUGAUAGAUUCAGAAUUUAUUGUGAUAAAAGUUUCGUGUGAUGUUGACGAUGUUUGUGAUACGAGGUGUGAGUCUGUUGUGGAUACAAAUGUUUAUAAUAUGGAUUGUGAUAAUUCGAGCAUUCUAAGUGUAGAUACGAGCCAAAGUUUAGUUCCUGUUGCGAACAACGAAAUCGUUAAAUCAGAGAGUCAGAAGUUAGUAAGUCUGUCCCUUUCCAUACUUCUCGCAGCUCUGCUACAAGCGAUGCGCUGUUUUGCCCAAUUCUUAGAAGACAUCGUUACUCCACAGAGGUUAUAAUGGCUAUUCUAGUUACAUUUUUGUGCAGUAUUGUAUUCGCUAUAUUUAAGAAUGAUUACUGUUAUUUUUAAUACCAAUUACAAAUGUCAAUAAUAUAUUUAACUACCCUCUUUUAA